GGGCAUUUUUUAAAUGCACCUGCAGUUAUCCCUUGAGACAGGGCCCUGGCAGCUGCCCUCUGCCCUGGGAGGCUCUGCAGAAUCAGGUCAGAAUCAGGUCAUGGCUCAGGCAGAUUAGCAAGGCCCCGAACUGACCUCCUAAGGAUCCCUAAUCCCGGGACAGCAGCCAGCCAGCAGGCGCAGGGCCGCUUGGUCCUGCACCCGCUCCCAGGCCCUCGCCGGGGCUGCCAUGGCCGCCCUGUUCUCUGGCCGGGUUCUGAUCCGAAACAACGGCGACCAGGACGAGCUGGACACAGAGGCGGAGCUCAGCCGCAGGCUGGACAACCGGCUGGUGCUGCUGUUCUUCGGCGCCGGGUCCUGCCCGCGCUGCCAGGCCUUCGCGCCCGUCCUCAGGGACUUCUUCACUCGGCUCACGGAUGAGUUCUACGUGCUGCGGGCGGCCCAGCUGGCCCUGGUGUACGUGUCCCAGGACACCACCGAGGAGCAGCAGGACCUGUUCCUCAAGGACAUGCCCAGGAAGUGGCUCUUCCUGCCCUUUGAGGACGACCUGAGGAGGGACCUCGGGCGCCGGUUCUCGGUGGAGCGGCUGCCCGCCGUCGUGGUGCUCAAGCCGAGCGGGGAGGUGCUCACGCGCGACGCGACCGAGGAGAUCCGGCGCCUGGGCCCCGCCUGCUUCGCCAACUGGCAGGAGGCGGCGGAGCUGCUGGACCGCGGCUUCCUGCCGCCCGAGGACCUGGACGACCCCGCGCCCCGCAGCCUCACCGACCCGCUGCGCCGCCGCAAGUACCGCGUGGACCGGGCGGGGCGGGGUGCGCAGGGCCGGGCCGCGGGGGGCUCCCCCGGGUCCGAGGGCGGCGCCGGGGAGCUGUUCUGACCUGGGGCUGGGGGGGGGGGGCGGCAAAGGGGGGGCUAUGAUGACACCUCCGAGGAGGCGGGGGUGGGAUGGGGGUGUUCUGACCCCCUGGCGGGGCGGGUCUAUGGGGCGCCCUCACCCCUCACCCCUUAACCCUUCCCCGGCGGUGCGUGGGGCCGGGGCUACUCUCAGCUCCCCAAGGUGGAACCAGAGGCGAGGACGGCGGAAUCAGACGGGCACACAGGGUGCGCGGGGAGGGACCAUCCUGAGUUCUGUCCUGAGGUGGGGCCCCAGCAGGAGGCCCUAACAGGGAGGGGGAGUGUAGGGGGGAGGGGUUUAGGGGGAAAGAAAAAGUCCAGAGUUCUCCAGAUGGCGGGAAAGGCCCGUGGGGAGUGGGAAGGGUCUUUUGUUGUUGUUACUCUUCAC